UGAAAGAUUGACAGCUUGUACCGCUAUCGUUUAGUAGUGGAAACCCUCCCCUUGUGUGAGAAACGCAAUUACAACUCAUAUCGCCAACUGAUUUUUCUCGGAUUUAAUUUUGUACUUUUAAAGAAGUUUACAAGGCCGGCGCUCAGUUUGGAGUUUUUAAGAAUCUACGGGGUAUGAAAGUGGAGCGGACGCUUCAAACAAAGUAAAAGACCUGUACGUUUGAUGGCUGCUGGGGAUGGAGCCCAGCUGCCGGCCACAGUAGCGGCCAGUCGGAGCGUGGAGAAGGCGCUCGAGGAGGCUGCCGCGAGCGGGGCUCUUAACUUGUCCAACCGAAAACUGAAGGAGUUUCCCCGGAGCGCCAGGAACUACGACCUGUCCGACAUUACACAUGCAGAUCUGUCAAAGAACCGUCUGUGUGAGCUGCCGGAGGAGCUCGGUCAGUUCAUCUCUCUGGAGACGCUGAGCCUUUACCACAAUGGGAUGCGUUUACUGUCCUCCAGCCUGGGCAACCUCCAGGCCCUCACCUACCUCAACCUCAGUCGUAAUCUUCUGUCCAGUUUACCCCCGUCGGUGUUUCAGCUUCCCCUCCUACGAGUGCUCAUCGUCAGCAACAACAAGCUGGGUUCACUGCCUGCCUCCAUAUACUCCCUCACACACCUCCGACACCUGGAUGUAAGCUGUAAUGAGCUGCAGUGUUUGCCAGCAGAGCUCGGCCAGCUAGAGUGUCUGAGGGACUUAAACCUGAGGAGGAACCAGCUCACCACUUUGCCUGAAGAAAUAUCCGAGCUCCCCCUUGUCCGUCUCGAUGUGUCCUGCAACUGCAUUUCCCACGUGCCCUUGUGCUACCGCCAUCUCCGGCAUCUCCAGAGCAUCUCGCUGGACAACAACCCGCUGCAAAUGCCACCUGCACAGAUCUGCUCCAAGGGCAAAUACCACAUCUUCAAGUACCUCAACAUGGAGGCCUGCAAGAGGAGCCAGGAGGAGCUGGAGAGACACCUGAGGCCCACUGGGUUUAACAGCUGUCUGUCAGACCAGGAGCUGUUCACAGGUCAGUUUGGAGGGCUGGACUCUGGCUUCAACAGUGUGGACAGCGGCAGCAAACGGUGGUCUGGGAAUGAGUCAGCAGAUGACUUCUCCGAGCGUUCUCUUCGCAUGGCUGAGGUCAGCAGAGGCCAGAGGAAUCUGGAGGAGGAGGAAGAGGAGGAUGGAUCUCCUCUGGAAGCUAACAAAGUGAAUGGAGCGGCUGAGCACGUGGACUUCAUUGACAGCAGUGUGACAGAGGAAGAGGAGACCAGGAUGGAUCCACCCACACCUCCUCUCACAGCACCACCUCUGGAGCAGAAGGAGAGUUCCUUACCGUCCCAAACCCAGGACUCAACAAUAUGCAGGUCCAGCCUCCAAGUGGAGGUGGGCCCCCCAUCAUCAGCCUCCUCCUCUCCCCUGUCCCCCUCCAGCCCCACCCUGGAGGAGCGGAGGAGGCCGGGCACCCUUUUCAUCUGGCAGGAGAGAGAGCGUCUGCAGCAGCAGAGAGAAAAGGCCAGUUUGCUGAAGUCAUCCUCCAAAACAGGAAGUAAUGUGGCCACUGCACCACUGACAGGAAGUAGCUCAGCUGGUGCAUCUCCAGAGAACAGCAACUCCCACUCAGGCCUUCGGCAGAGAUGUGCAAGUGCUGACCAGAUGAGCACAGUGUCUCCAGCACUUCUGCAACGCUCCAGCAGCAGAACAGAUGUCCCGUCCUCCCCGAAGACUUCCCCUCCACCCGGCCAGGCCCUGAAACCCAACAGUUUCCUGUUCCGCACCUCUUCCCGCAGCAACAUCAAACCCACAGUCUUUACUCUUGGUGAGUCUGGCAGAAGUGAGUCUCGCACGAUGCUGCGUUCUCCCAAAGAGGAGAGACCAGACAUCACACAACUACGCAAGACUUUGGAGUCUCGGCUGAAGAUCACUCUACCGGAGGAUCUGGGCGAGGCCUUAUCCAACGGCACUGUCCUCUGCCAGCUGGUCAAUCAGAUUCGUCCACGCUCCGUGUCAAUCAUCCACAUUCCCUCCCCAGCAGUGCCAAAACUGAGUUCAGCAAAGAGUCGACUCAACGUGGAAAACUUCAUUGCUGCCUGUCGCAAGCUGGGAGUCCCUGAGACCGACAUGUGUGUGUGCUCUGACGUGCUUCUGUGUAAGCUGCCCUCUGUGCUGCGCUGUGUGACGGCACUUCUGGUCGUGGAGGGGGGGGAGAUGGCGGAGGACCAGUCCCCCCGCCACUCUUCACCUUCGUCGUCAUCGUCCUCCUCCUCCUCGCUGCUGUCCACAGAUUUCCUGCUCUUCUACUGUGCGGCCAUGGCCCUGCUCUACGUCCUCUACUGCUACCUGCUCAGCUAGAGGAGCAACACACAGUGCUUAUAUAUUAACAUGACACACUUACUGAACACACACACACACACACACAUGCAGUCACAGUUGUAGAGUUUCAGGCCAACAUACACAGCUGCUCCCACAGUUGUCAUCUCAGACAGUACUCUGCGUUGUGUGUGUUUUUUCAGUAUGCAUACCCUCCAUGGCUGUACAGCAGCUCGCAUAAGACCUGAGAGUGUGUCGACUCUCUAUAGCUGCACUGGUUGGAUGUUAGAGCCAUACAGAGCAUGCAGCCGAGCACCUUUAAGGAAAUACACUACAGCACACUGAAGCUACAGCUCUUCAUUUAGAUGUUUAGAGGAAUAGAAAGCACUACACUGAUGGACAAAUACUGUAUGAGAGCAGAUGAACAGAGAAAUGCCUUAGCCUAGUUUAGCCUUCACUCUGUAACGCACAGCAUGUUCGGAGGAGAUGGGAGUUUUCUGUUUAACUGUCUGAGGCAGAGCUGCUCCACAGGCAGAAACAAUCUCAUUGGUUGAGACAUGAGUGGGCGGAGCAAAGGAACCACACCCUCAGUUGAAUCCCAAUGACAUAUUCUACCUUGCGUUCAUACAUGUUUUUUUACGGAUGCACACUCACAAACAGCUGCAACGCGAGCUUCAUUGUUCAUGUACUUGCCUGCGUGCUUUGUGUGUACAUGGUUUAGAGAUUUAAAGUUGUAGCCACUAAGGAGUUAAUCGGAGCCCAAUCAUUUUUGGCCAGUACCUGAAUACCCUCCUUGAGAAUGUCUAAUUUGGCGCAUUGCAAAAAUAACUAGACAUGGUGACACUGUAUUGUUAAUGUUGAGACCACAGCAGUAAAUGUGCAUGCGGGAGCCAGCUCUAGUAGUGUCAAAACUUUCCUCCAAUGUUGUUGUCUGCUGACCUUACUUAACAUUCUGAUACCCUGCACUAUUCAUAUGCUUAGUUCUGUAUACAUAUAUGUUCAGUAUCUUGCCGACACAUAGUGUUAACUUCUGAGGACGCACGUAAUCAAUGCUCUAAAUGAAGAUAUGCAGGGUAGUUAAACUUAAAGCGCCAUGAAUAGAUUUUCUUUGGUUUUGUUGCUUUUUGACCACUCGCUCUGGUUUGGUCUCCACCAACUCUUGAGAACAACAUGUCUCUUUAGCUGCUAAAUGCUCCACUAUGUUCACCAGCUAGCCUCUAACUUUUGCUGCUGUGUGGUGCUGAGCGGGUAGUGUACAGUCAGAGCUUUUUCACUGAAAACAGAACAGUGACGUUGCGGUCCGUUAAACAGUGAGCUAAAAGAAGCUAAAAAGCUCUGUAGAGCUGAGGGGAACUGCAGAGUUGAUCAUUCUCAGUGGGUUCAUCACUAUGAGUGACUCCUCUCAUACUUCACUUAACCCCCAGGUUAGGCAGACGUAUUUGGAAGAGAAAGAAGUCGUAAACAUCCAUCACAGUUUACUGACACACUGCCCUAACAUUAGUGCAUAGUGUAUGUUUUUUAGUGUAUAGUAUGGAAUUGGGAAACAGUGAUAAAUCUCAGGAGGUCAGCAGACUAGUUAUGUAGCUUACCUAAAUGCUGAUGUUGCUAGUUAUUAUUAUUGCUGUUGGCAAACUAGAUAUCCUAUAAAACUUAAUGGCUGGAUUGAUUCCUUUUUUACUGCUUAUUUCUCAGCAUCACUUAGCCAGAGAGACUGUGGUUCUUUAACUCUGCUCACCAAAGUUGAACUUGAGAUUAUUUACAGCAGCUCCACCUCUGAGAAACAUUCAGACUCAAACUCCAGUCUGCGUUUGUCUCUCGUCCUGAGGGAAGCUGUUGAAGUAACCUGAGACUAAACUGUGAAUGUGGCUUUCAGCCUUGAAGAUGCAAGUUAGUGAAAUGGGGAACCUGGAUGUUAAGUGAUGUUAUUUCUCACACAACAAUGUGACAGUGAAAUAAAUGAUACAGUGCCUCUUACUGAACACUGACUAAGACCACUCUCUAGACCACUCUUAUUUUUAUGUCUGCUAUGUUAACUGUGAGCAGCAGGGGGCGAUGUCGCUUCAUCAAUCCCCCUCCAGGCUUCCCGUGUCCAAACUGACGGUACAAACCCCUGCACGAGGUUGCGUGUGUAAAGUCUUUGGUUGGCACUGGUACGUUUGACCAGUUGUCUUCAUGUUUGUAUAAAUGUAAACAAGUUAUUAAAUUAUUGCUUUUUAUUUAUUUUGAAUUCUGUUCUGUUUUUGGUUAUUUUUGUUUCUGUGGUGAAACAGCAGAGGCUUCACUAACUUAGUUAAGCCUGUAAGCCAGUAGUGUUAAAGCCUCAUAAAGCUUUGUGAAAUCAGUGUGUGGGCUUUAAAUCACUCACAGGUAAAUUAAAUGUAAUCAAUAUUCAAUUAUUCAGACUGAAAAUAACAUUGAUCCCCCCCCCCCCCCCCCCUUCAUUGGAUUGGUAAACAAUUGAUUCCCUUGAGGCUACACAUUUGCGACACAGAGUGUCGAACAUCCUCUGCUGUUUCUACCACACGCUGUGUCUGGCUUAUUGCUCAUAAAAGGUCAAUGCCUGCAACUAAACACAGAUUGGAAUCUGAUUAUAAUGCUUAUUGGACUUGUGGGGUUUGAAAGCUAAUAUCAAUAGUGAGUGAUUUUUAGAAUUCUGCUGCUAAACCCUAGAAAUUCACAUAAUUUAUUGUUUUUACUCUUAUCAAGGCCUCUGAAACAUUUAAAUCCUCAUGGGACACUAAAAUGUUCAACUGAAACUCAAAUUAAUGAACUAAAAGCAGUCGACCAACAUCAGUUGUUCGUAGGGAAAACUUCAAUCACAGAGGGAAAUUAAAUGAAGUAGUAACCUAAAUAUCUUUUUAGGCUUUUUUCUGUAACCGUGGUAAGAGAGCAGCAUCAUAAUAUCAGAGAGGUGAACAGUACUGAUAUUUUCCCCAUAUCAGCAAACCAUAUGUUGGUCUAACUGUACUCUUAAGCAGUUGAGCAGGACUGCUUCUCUUAAAAUAUGGAGCCCUAAAGUGUUCAAUAUUAAACAAGUUAUUAUGAAAUAAAUAAUCAUAUGAAUAAAUUAUGUAAAACAACACUGUGAUUUUGAUUCUAAUUUUCAUUUAGUCAGAGUUCAUAUUUAUGUCAUAGAAACUUUUAUUUCAAAAUGCACUUUUUCACAAUGGUAUUUUUAUGGUGUCAGUGCCCACAAUCACAUGCCCCCUGCUUUUCUUAAGCAAGCUCAACGACUGCUACCAAAUUUAGCCAGUUAGCGCCUGUUAGCUAGAGAAACAAUGUCAAAUUAAUUCGGAAUCAAUAAACUAGCUCCUUUUAGUUAGCUUAACUGAGCUGCAUGCUACCUAUCUAACAAGCUAACUAGCUAGGCUGGGUUGUGAGCUUGAACUCAGCAUCAAAGUGAAGAGACAGUGUUAGCUGUGUUAGCUAGUUCCUGUUGGUUUGAGUGACCACAGAGAAGACUGUAUUUUUGCUCUUCACAGAGUUGUCUCUUUCAUUAAAAUCAAAACGCUGCCAAGGUAACUCUGAAUUAGCCAGUUAGCUGCUGCUGUUACCACUAGCUCUUCACUUUGACGCUCAGUAAUAAUCCAAGCUGAAAACCAACCUAGCUAGUUAGCCAGCUACGUAGAUAGCAUGUGCAGCCUUGUUAUUGUACCAUAACUGUGUUUAUUUACAGCAGCAGCCUCUAUUUUUUUUUUCUCAGCCUCUAGUUGGUUGAUAGAGUGAAAAUUACUUUAGCAUUGUUGUUGUUCUAGCUAACAGAAGCUAACUGGUUAAAUGUAGGACCACCGCGUUGUUUUUUCACAUGUUUUUUCUCACCAGUUUUCCACCAGCAGUCCCUCUGAUUGGCUAGUACUGUUGCUUCUGUUGGUUAGGUUUAGGGUUAGCCAAUCAGAGUAGGGGCGGGACUUGGCAGAAAGCUGGUGGGAGAAAAAAUGACGCUGGACCUCUUGUUGAGUUUGCUUGCUUAAGAGGCAAGGGGGCAUGUGAUUAGCUGAACAUAAGUGACAACACCAAUGUGACCUGAAAUGAAAGUAUCACAAAAAUACCAAAUUAUUUUGGUACACAUAAUUUGAAAUACAUUUCUACAAUGUAAAAAAAAAAAAAGAACUCAACUAAAACUGUUAAUGUGAAAGAUUUAUGAAAUAACAUUUCAUUUAACACAUUUAGUUUUAACAAUUUCUUAAAUUAUUUCACAAGUAAUUGGCUCGUGUAUAUAUUUUACAUCUAUGUAUUCAUGAUUAUUAAUUUCAUAAUGACUUCUUAAUUUAAUUUUACAUGAACACUUUGGCCUUUUUAAUUUGUUAAAACUGCAGUAUAGUUUUAUAACUUGAUUUACUUAUUUAACUAGGUGUACAGCACACUGGUUAUUUUCGUCCACCGUCCACUUCAUGUCCACAUCUCUGCUGAUGUCUGGAGGUCAGAAUGUCCACUGUAAAAACCUCCCUUUCAUGUCUGAAGUUUUUUAUUAGCCUGCUGUUAAGAUGAAAUUGUACUCAAUUCAAAUGUAUAUUUUAUAAAUGAAACUGGAUAAGCAACAUACAGUAAUUCAUUCACUGGCUUAGACCAAGCUAUAUUCUUAAAUAUGUUAGUGGAACAGAAAUACUGGUGUAUUUUAUAUUUAUAUGAUACCCUUGUAUUAUUAAGAAUAAUUUUUGAGUUUAUAUAAAUCUAUAUCUAAAGUUCUUCUUCCUCCUGCUGUAAAGAAAUUAUUAAAAACCAACUUUGAUCACG